CAAGGAAAAAAGACAGUCCUCUCGAUCCGUGGUAAAGGAGAAGCAGAUUGGCUCACAGAUCCAUUCUCAUCCGUUGUCACUCGUUUCCUAGCCCUUCUACAUCAAUCAGUCGUCGUCGACUGAUGUCGACAAGGUGACUUUUGCAGCUUUUCCAAUAAUAAUCUCAACCAAAAACCUGUUUUUUCCCUUCUUUUUUUUCCCUUUUUUUUUUUUUUUUUUUUAAGGCAAAGUCGGACUCGAGCGGUGUCUGCAAGCAUCUAACUUGUAUACUUGUUUCCUACGCUUGGUCGACUUGGGCGAAAGACGUUUGCUUUUCAAGUUUAUGCGGAAGGACCAGCGUUCUUUUUCGACUUUAACGGGCGGUCCGACGGGGUUCCCUUGGUGCCUUCAGUCUCCAUCCGCGAGAGAAUUAAAUAAACAAAACAAAGAAGGGUGAAAGAGGGAUAAGAAGAGAUAUCGGGAUCGAUUUGGCACUCUACCUGGAUAAUUCGGAGCCAAUUGUGAAACCCACUUCGCCGAUUACGUCGUUACGAUGUUGCUUCCAAAGGGCGGGAUUACGUGGAAGUCCACACAAGCCAAGUUAGCCCCAUGGAGGGCCGUGUUGGGCGCUCUGUCGAGACCUCGAUUCAUACUCACGGCUGCGAUCAUGGGAUUGAUCGUGUUACUGUGGAGAGGUAUCAGCCAUUCAGCAUCCGAGAUGCAGAGCUUCUACUGUUUCGGACCGUCCAAGCCGCCGCAUAAAAUGACUGCCAACGAGAUGGUGGACUGGCACGCACACCUUCAAACCCCAGUUCUUUUCAACCACCACGAGCCAUACGAAAUUAAUUCAACUACCGUUCAAACCGUUGACUUAAACGCUGUCCACUCAACUCCAAAGGCAGUCCAGAAUAAGGAACGUGUCCUUAUCCUCACCCCUCUGCGAGACGCCUCGCAGUAUCUCGGAAAAUACUUCGAUCUCGUCUCUGAAUUGACCUAUCCCCACGACCUUAUUGACCUGGCCUUCCUUGUUGGCGAUUCAAAAGAUGAUACACUUGCGGUUUUGGCAGCGGAGUUAGAUCGCGUCCAGGGGAUGCCUGGCAAGAUUCCGUUCCGAAGUGCCACGAUCGUUCAGAAGGAUUUUGGAGUCACGUUAGACAUGAACGUCCAGGAAAAACACGGUUACGAGGCACAGGCUCCGCGCCGAAAGGCUAUGGGAAAGGCCAGGAAUUUCCUUCUCUCUGCUACGCUUAAGCCAGAGCAUUCCUGGGUGUACUGGCGCGAUGUGGAUAUCGUGGAUAGCCCAAAGAAGAUUAUUGAGGAUUUUGUCGCUCAUGACAAGGAUAUCCUCGUUCCCAACAUCUGGUUCCACAGAUACGAUGAAAAUGGUCGGGACAUUGAAGGAAAAUUUGACUACAACUCAUGGAUCGAAUCUGAUAAGGGGCGAAAACUCGCGUCUACCCUUGAUAAGGACACCAUUCUCGUUGAAGGAUAUAAAGAAUUCGAUACUGGACGAACCUACCUCGUAUCUAUGGGUGAUUGGAGGAAGAACAAAGAUGAAGAGGUCGAGUUGGAUGGAAUUGGUGGCGUUAACAUUAUCGUCAAGGCGGAUGUUCACAGAGCAGGUAGGCGUCGGUCCUCUCUUAAUAACCCCUCAGCGGCUAAUACAUCUAUGUCAGGCAUCAAUUUUCCCUGCUACGCAUUUGAAAACCAGGCCGAAACGGAAGGCUUCGCUAAGAUGGCUAAGCGAGCAGGCUAUCAAGUUGUCGGACUUCCAAAUUACGUCGUAUGGCACAUCGAUACCGAAGAGAAAGGCGGUAAUCUCGGCGGCCGGAAGGCCUAUUAA